UUUUUUUUUUUUUACCCAUUCAGUAGACAGUAUCACGGGAAAGGCGGGAAAGUCUGGGAAAGGUGGGAAAGCGAAAGAUAGCGAAAGCGGCAAACUUCUCCGUCAAAGUUAGUUUCGGUUCCCCCUCACAGGGUCUGCCGCAAUCGAUGUUUAUGUUUUCAGCACCCUAUUUUCAGCUUAGACACUUUUAAUAAAAUAUUUAACAUAAAUAUAUAUAUAUAUCCCACUGGGAGCGCAGUAUUUUAAAUUUUCUGGAGGUGCUUCGGUUCAGUUGCUUCGGCGGCUCCGGUCGUUUCGGUCCACUCAAAAUGGCAGCUGCCGACACAGCCGAGGCACCAACGCGGUACCGCACCAAGCUUUUACAUUAUCCCAAAGAGGCCAAGCAAGUCGCUUUGAAUGUUUUAGGAGCCCUACUGGAGGAGGGCGGCAAAUCAGCGAGCCUGAGGACCGUCGUCAAGAGAGCGUCGACGUUGACGAAUGUAAGUGAACGAGCCCUAUUCAAGUGGAUGGCCGAGUACAACAAAGAUGGCACCGUGACGGCUCCACUGACCAUGUUACGAGGCGGAAAAAAUGGGGAGCGGGAAACGAAGCUAGAUGACUUCGACCUCGGCGUGCUUAGAACAAUCGUGCACAGCUUCUACCUGAGAAACGAGGCCCCUACUAUCGCGAAGCUGCAGAGGUACAUCGACCAGACCAGCGACCUUCCCAGCGUAUCGCUCGCGACGCUACAUCGCAUGCUAAAGAGGCUCGGCUUCAGGUACUGCAAACGGUCAAGAAGCGCCCAUCUGAUCGAGUGUCCCAACAUUAUUCGGAGGCGUCGAAAGUACCUUCGCCAAAUCAAAAAGUACCGCCAACAGAAGAGAUCGAUAUACUACACGGACGAAACCUGGGUCAGCACCGGCCACAUGAAAUCCCAGGUCUGUGCGCACACGACGACGGGCGCGAGCGAAGCAAAUCGUACCGGCCCCAAAAACCUGGCGGCUAAAGGUGAGCGCUUAAUCAUUACACACUGUGGCAGCGAGAGCGGUUUUGUUGACGGUGCCGCGGAGGUAUUCCGAGCCAAAAGACACACCGGGCGCAUCACCCGAGAAAUGGACGGCCCUCACUACGUGAAGUGGUUCACGGAGCGGCUUCUUCCAAACCUUGCUCCCAACAGCGUCAUCGUGAUGGACGACGCACCGUACCACUCGCUGGAAACGGAGAAGGUUCCCCAAAUGGCCACACGGAUGAAGGACGUGCAGGACUGGCUUUCUGCGAAAGGCGUUUCGUGGAGCAAGGGGCUGGUCAAGGCAGAGCUCUUGAAGCUUGUGUCCACGGUGAACGACGAGGACACCCACUACCUCGUCGACCAGAUUGCCGCGCAAUACGGCCACACGGUCUUGCGCCUGCCGCCCUACCACAGCCACCUGAACCCCAUAGAGUUGAUUUGGAGCCAGGUGAAAGGGUACGUGGCCUCCGAAAACAAGACCUUCAAGAUCGACGAGCUCGAACCGCUGGUGACCAAAGCGUUCACUAAGGUUACGCCGGAGACGUGGGCCCGUUGUUGCAGUCACGUCGUUCUCGAAGAAGACAAUAUGAUGAAAGUGGACCACCUCAUUGACGACGUUGUGGACAGCGCUGUCGUCAACGUCGGCGAAAAUGAUACGUCGAGCGCAGACAGCGAUUGCGAGUCGGACGAGGACGUUGACUGAAAACAGAUUUAAGGCCACGCAGAUCGUACGAGUGCUCCUUUUUCUUUCUUUUUUUUCGCAGUGAUUGCAUUUUACUUGUUUUCUAUCAUUUUGUUUGUUUCUCUCAUGCAAAACAAUUUAGUCGAGAAGAGUGUUUUAUUUGAAAGUGUAAAUGACCUACUUUUGUAACAUUUGUCAAAAAAAAAAUUCACAUAUGUAAUGAAAACAACCAAGCAUCACGAAAUCAAGAAUUAUGCUUUGGUCUGUUGACAUGUGGCAAGCUGGUGUAGAAACUUCUCCAGACAGAUUUGAGUGUGAGUCGCCACAACAUUCGAGCUUCAUGUUGACGGCAACCAGUUCGAACAGUAGCUUGGCACGCUGCAUACGAAGCGCGUGUACCACCGUGACCGCCUUUUGAACGGUGUCUUCAGACUUAUUUGUACGAUGCGUAAGUAAUAGAGCCCGAGCUUUAUGGUCGCGCGCCUGGCGUGUUCAAGUGAAAAUACAGUGCCAACAAGCAGAUGAUGGACCGUGCAGUACUUAAUCGGCUCCCUAAAAUAACACGCACCAUAUCCCAAAGAAGUAUUAGGUGUAACAAAACUAGGACCCCUUCACGAGCAUCAAUGUCAGUUAUUAAAAUCGACGAAGCAGCGUUUCUAAUUA